AUGUCCGAAUCGGAAACUCCUCAUCGAGCAAAUCCAGGCAAGGUUCCGAGGAAUAUUCUGCCAUCUGUCGCAGAACAGAAAACCGCCCAGGCUUUACGUGACCAGCAGCGCAAGAUGACUCGGGAAUUGACGAUUCUUCUCGACCGCCGUGAAUUGAUUUACGAAAAACUGCUUCGGAUAAAUGACUCCCUCAAACCUGAACCUGUGAGUAUCCACUUACUUAAGCUCCACCUAGAGACGCUCCGAAAAUGUGUAGAGGAUUUCGAUCAGGUACAUAUGGAAAUCGUUGCUAACAAGCCGAGAGAUGAGCGGGAAGAACAAAAGGAGGAAUAUCUGCGUUUUGAGACACUACACAACCAGCUUUAUGUUGCGCUCCAAACAAAAAUUGAUUGUCUCACUCCCGCUCUCCCAUCGACCAGCAGUGAAAUGGCUCGACCAGUUCCCCCGCAACAUGUCUACGUGCAAGCUGCCGCUCCACAACUGCACGCUCCGUUUCCGGUCUUCGAUGGUAAUCCGGAAAACUGGUUUAGCUUCAAGAGCCUCUUCCGAAGCAUCAUGCAGCGGUACGCCAACGAGACUCCCGCCAUGAAAAUCCUGCACCUUCGAAAUUCAUUGGUCGGUGACGCCAAGGACAAGAUUGACCAAGAUAUCAUCAACACGAACGACUACGAUUUGGCCUGGCGAAUCUUGGAAAACGCUUACGAGGACCGACGACUAAUAAUGGACACGCACAUUGACGCAAUUUUGGAAUGCCCGAAGGUCACCAUCGACAAUAGAGGACAAAGCAUCACUAAACUGGUCGAGACAUGUACCAAACAUGCCGAUGCUCUACGUGGUCAUGGUUUCCCAGUGGAAGGAUUGGCUGAGCUAUUUGUUGUCAAUGUGCUGUACAAAAAACUGGACAAGGAAACCCAAGAGCAGUGGGAGACGAGACUUCCAAGGAACGAGCUACCGGAGUUCCAAGUAUUCGUUGACUUCCUGCGAGAGAGAGGACGAGUUCUGCUGCGCACAAAUCGUUUCGAGCAACCAGCCAGGCAGCAGUCAACAGUUCCUGCUAGACGUUCAACAUACGUUCCAAAACCAGCAGCACGAUCGUUCGUCCAAACUGCAAAGCAAUCGUGCCCCUGCUGCAAAGAAGACCACUCCAUCUACCGGUGUCCCAAAUUCCUGCACAUGAAUUUGUCGGACAGGAAGGCUGUCGUCUCAAAGGCCAGUCUUUGCUACAAUUGCUUGCGAGCGAUGCAUCGAGUCAGCGAGUGUCCAUCGGAGCAAGGGUGCAAGGUGGAAGGAUGCAAUCGAAAGCACCACAGUUUCUUGCAUCCCACCAACUCUGCCAGCAGUUUGAAGCCAGAACCAGAAAGUGUCCCUGAAACACCCACAUCAACGAAGUACUCUGCUACAACAUUGUGUACUCACUUGGGAGCCAUCACAAAGCAGGUACUUCUAUCGACAGCGCAAGUCUUGAUUGUCGGGAAAGGUGGCUCCACUGUUCAGUGUCGAGCGCUUCUCGAUUCCGGAUCCGACAGUCACAUCAUCAGCGAGAACCUGGCCUCGAAGCUCAUGGUAAAUAUGCGACGAGUGGACCUUCCGCUCAACCGCAAAGACACCGAACUCAACGCAACACUGGUCAAGUUUUGGGUAAUAGAAAAUAUGCCACCGAAUCAACAUUAUCCGCUGCUGAAGCUGCUGUACAGGAACACUUCAAGCUCACCCACACAAGAGACGAGGAUGGCCGCUACCAGCAACGCUAAGAAACGACUCGACAGGCUAAUGGUUUCACUCGCACGGAAUCCAGUUCGUGCUGAGCAAUAUUCCGAGUUCAUGUCCGAAUACCUAGCACUCGGUCACAUGAAAGAGGUGAGCGCUUUGAUCGACGAGGGAUACUACAUUCCACACCACGCCGUCUUCAAGGAGUCCAGUUCCACAACCAAAACACGAGUCGUAUUUGACGCAUCAGCGAAAACAACAACUGGCAUCUCGCUAAACGACACUCUCCUGGUUGGCCCCACAGUGCAAAGCGAUCUGGUCUCGAUUCUGCUCCGAUUUUGCACUCACCAAGUAGCGCUAACAGCAGACAUCCCGAAAAUGUACCGCCAGGUCAAAAUUCAUCAAGACGACUGCAAGUAUCAAAGAAUCCUAUGGUACAAUCAAGCUGGCGAACGUACCAUUUACGAGCUACAAACGGUAACGUAUGAUGAAGGCGAACAAUUCAAAUCAGCUGCUCGAGUCGUCUCCAUGGAUAGCUACAUCGACGACUUCCUGACGGGUGGCAAAACGGUCGAAGAGGUGAUCAACAUCUACAAUCAACUAACGCAACUCCUGUCCAAAGGUGGUUUUGGCGUACAUAAGUUUUGUUCCAGUAGUCCAGAGGUGUUAAAACUUAUCCCAAACGACUUGCACGAGAAGCAAAUUGGUUUCGAUUCUGACGUCAACGAUUCGAUUAAGACACUUGGUCUCAUCUGGAAUCCAACAGCUGAUUUCUUUCGAUUUUUCGUUCGACCGUCCGAAGGUAAUUCAACUACGAAGCGAAGGGUUUUGUCUGACAUCGGCCGACUCUUUGAUCCACUUGGUUUUUUGGGUCCGAUCAUCACCACGGCGAAGCUUCUUAUGCAGGACAUUUGGCGACUGGGAAUAGGCUGGGACGAAGAGUUGCCCACCGAGCUGCAACUAAAAUGGCAAAACUUCCAACAACAACUACCAACCAUCAACGAGAUGCGCAAACCAAGACGUGUGAUAGCGAACCAUCCAACACUAAUCGAGCUCCAUGGUUAUUCCGAUGCAUCCUGCCAGGCCUACGGUGCGGUAAUAUACAUUAAAAGCAUCUCCUCCGACGGAACCACACAGGUAAAUCUUUUAACUAGUAAGUCUCGAGUUGCUCCCUUGAAGCCAGUAACUAUUCCCCGACUAGAAUUAUUAGCCGCUAAACUAUUAGCAGAGCUUACGCAGAAGGUUAUGUCAGCAAUGCAAAUUGAACUCCACAAUGUGAUUCUUUAUAGCGACUCGCAAAUUGUAUUGUGCUGGCUUAAAAAAUCUCCUUUGUCGCUUAAUCAAUUUGUAUCCAAUCGAGUUGCUACAAUUGUUGAGCUCACGCAAGAUUUUCGAUGGUGCUAUGUACGCACAAAUGUUAACCCCGCUGAUUGCAUUUCUCGGGGUGCUCUCCCUAACGAGCUAGUUGAGAAUGAGUUGUGGUGGAAGGGACCUCCAACAUUAUGGGAAACUUCACUGCAACCACAAGAUCCAUUUCCAUUUGAUCUCGAUGAUCCAAACAUACCCGAACUUCGUAAGCGCAAGGCGUUGACAAUUAUAGCCAAAACGCCACAUAUGAGUCUGGAUAGACUGAGCAAUUACAGACAAUUGCAAAGAGCGUGGGUGUAUGUACUGCGUUACGCCAAACGGGGUGCCCGAACGCAACCUUACAAUGCGCUUAUUUCUGCUGAUGAAAUGAUGUUAGCCGAAACAACUAUCCUUCGAUUUGUCCAGCAGCAAUCAUUCCAAACUUUGUUGAGCGACAUUCAAUCCAAUCAAACGAAACGAUACAAUUUAUCCAACUUGGCUCCAUUUGUUGGAACCGACGGGCUCAUCCGAGUCGGUGGUCGGCUCAAGUAUUCUGCUAUUCCAUAUGAUUGGAAGCAUCAAAUCCUUCUGCCUGAACAACACUUCGUGACAACAAUCCUGGUUCGCAAACUGCACGAAGAAAAUCUCCAUGUUGGCCAUUCGGGGCUCCUAGCCAUCGUUCGAGAACGGUACUGGCCCGUACGUGCUAAAAAUAUAAUUAAGAAAAUUAUUUCGAACUGCAUUGUUUGCGCUAAGCAACGCGCAAGGCCAGAGCGACAAUUUAUGGGAGACUUACCGAAGCACCGAGUCAAUCCAGCACCACCGUUUUCACUGGUUGGAAUCGAUUAUGCUGGACCAUUUACUUUAACCUUUGGAACUAGAGGAAGAAACACCUACAAGGCGUACGUAGUCGUGUUUGUUUGUAUGACUGUGAAAGCUACCCAUUUUGAGCUGGUUACAAAUUUGACUACCGAAAAUUUCAUAGCCUGCUUGAAUCGAUUUGUGGGCCGCCGUGGAUUACCAAGCGAUAUUUUCACAGACAAUGGGACAUCUUUCGUCGGCGCUAAUAAUGAAUUAGCCGACACGAGGAAAUUAUUUGAAGACGAAUUACACCGUGCCAAAUUACAAGAAUUUUGUGCAACUCGUGGACUUACAUGGCAUUUUAUUCCACCCAGAAGUCCCCACUUUGGCGGAAUAUGGGAAGCUGGCGUCAAAUCGAUGAAGUAUCAUCUCAAGCGAGUAGUUGGAGAAACAAGAUUGACAUAUGAGGAGAUGCUUACUUUCCUGGUCCGCACAGAAGCAAUACUCAACUCAAGACCUCUUUGCCCGAUGUCAGACGAUCCUUGUGAUGCAGCAGCGUUAACUCCUUCGCAUUUCCUGAUUGGACGUUCUCUACUGGCCUUACCCGAGUCGUCGCUUAUGGAGGAAAAGGUCGGUCGAUUGAAUAGGUGGCAACACGUGAAGUACAUGCAGGAGCAUUUCUGGCGAAGGUGGUCCCGUGAAUAUUUGCACCAUUUGCAAAGUCGUCAAAAGUGGAGUGAUGGAGUUCGAAAGUUCACAAAGGGUGAUCUUGUUUUACUGGUUGAAGAAAACCUCCCACCCCAGCAGUGGCGACUUGGACGCAUCGAGAUUCUUCAUCCCGGCGAAGACAACAUCGUGAGAGUGGUGACGGUCCGCACCGCUAGUGGCAGCGAGUUCAAGAGAGCAGUUACGAAAAUAGCCUUACUUCCGGUUGAUCUCGAGGGCGAGACUCAACGGGGGGUGAAUGAACGAUUGAAAAAUUAA